CACUCUGUUUCUCUGCCCAUCUUCGACAGUCUGUCUGGUAAUCAUCCCAGAAAGCAGCAAGGCCAAGAGGUAACUAAAAGUACAAAGUGCAGAGAGAGAGAGAGAGAGAGAGGCAGAGACUGCAAUUUAAUGGAAAGAGGCACUCUGAAGAGCCUAAAUGCUGUAACUGCAACCCCUCUCCGUUCCCAUUUUUUAAGCUAUAGACCUUCUCUAAUCGCCUCUUUCUAUGGGAAUGGGGCUCAAAAACCCAAGACCAAGUUUCACCCUGCCCUCUCCUUCCAACGCCGCUCUCCGUUAUGUUCUAUGUCUGAAACAGGAAAUGGGAACUCUCUGCCUGGUGGGAUCGGCAAGGCUGUUUCUCAACUUUCUCAAAAUAAACUUCUUCAAGUGGUGUUAGUUUCUCCUCAGAUUCCUGGAAAUGUAGGUUGCAUUGCAAGAACAUGCGCAGCAUCAGCUGUGGGCGUACACCUAGUUGGGCCAUUAGGAUUUAAGGUAGAUGAUACUAAACUGAAGCGUGCUGGACUGGAUUACUGGCCAUAUGUUGUUGUUAGAGUACAUCACUCAUGGACAGAGUUUCAAGACUAUUUCAAGCAACAGGAAGGGAAAAAGAGGUUGCUGGCUUUUACCAAAAGAGGAACUGCAAUUCAUUCAGACUUUUCAUACAGAAAAGGUGAUUAUCUGAUAUUUGGUUCUGAAACUUGUGGCCUACCGCCUGAUGUAUUGUUAGAUUGCAAAAGUGAAACCUUUGGUGGUGGAACCAUUCGGAUUCCAAUGGUUGAUACUUAUGUUAGAUGUCUGAAUCUCUCUGUGAGUGUUGGAAUUGCUUUGUAUGAAGCUUCUAGGCAGCUGAACUAUGAGCAGCUUCAAGGGCCCUCUGGAAAUUGUAGUGAUACUGAACAAUCAUUCCUGACUGAGGAUAUUUUUGCUUAAAUUUGUUGUAUCCAUCCAAAAUUUUGGACCUCUAUGAAUUGAGAUUUUUCAUGGUGAUCAUGACUUUAACUGUGAGGGUGAGGAAGGGGUAUUAAAGGAAAAAAAAAACUGCGCCCAAUAUUUUAACGACU